UCAUGUGACGUCGGCACGCAUACUGCCCAGCCAAGAUGGCUGACAGCAUCCCGUUAAAUCCAGUGCGGAAGAACUCAAAGAGAAUCCCGUAUUACACCUCCGCCAGGCUUUCCAGAUACUCUUCAGAAGAUGACCCCUCUAACUUGGACGAGAUGCCUCUGAUGAUGUCGGAGGAAGGCUUUGAGAACGAUGAGAGUGACUACCAGACGCUGCCCCGGGCCCGAGUCAACCAGAGGCAGAGCGGCCUGGGCUGGUUCCUGCUGGGGGGAUGGAGGGUCCUCUGUGGCAGCUGCUGUGACUGCUUGGCUCACAUCUGUCGGAGGAAGAAGGAGCUGAAGGCCCGGACGGUUUGGCUUGGCUGCCCUGAGAAAUGUGAAGAGAAGUACCCCAAAAACGCCAUCAAAAACCAGAAGUACAACAUCUUCACCUUCGUGCCUGGGGUUCUCUACCAGCAGUUCAAGUUCUUCCUCAAUCUCUAUUUUCUGGUGGUGGCCUGUUCCCAGUUUGUGCCGUCGCUGAAAAUUGGAUAUUUGUACACGUACUGGGCGCCUCUGGGGUUUGUGUUGACCGUCACGAUGGUUCGGGAGGCCGUGGACGAGGUUCGACGUUAUCAGCGAGACAAAGAGAUGAACUCUCAGCUCUACAGCAAACUCACAGUGAGAGGGAAAAUUCAAGUGAAAAGUUCAGACAUUCAAGUUGGAGACCUGAUCAUUGUUGAGAAGAAUCAAAGGAUCCCCGCAGACAUGAUCUUCCUGAGAACGUCUGAGAAGAACGGUGCCUGUUUCAUCAGAACCGAUCAGCUGGACGGAGAAACCGACUGGAAGCUGAAAGUGGCCGUUGGCUGCACACAGCGGCUGCCUGCACUCGGGGACCUCUUCUCCAUCAGCGCCUACGUCUACGCCCAGAGGCCUCAGCUGGACAUCCACAGCUUUGAGGGGAACUUCACCAGGGAAGACACAGACCCACAGAUCCAUGAGAGUCUGAGCAUUGAGAACACUCUUUGGGCCAGUACAGUUGUUGCAUCUGGCACCGUGAUAGGGGUGGUGAUCUACACCGGCAAGGAGACCAGAAGUGUACUGAACACAUCCUUUGCCAAGAACAAGGUGGGCCUGCUGGACCUGGAGCUGAACCGCCUCACCAAAGCCCUGUUCCUGGCCCAGGUGGUUCUGUCCGUCGUCAUGGUAGCGCUGCAAGGGUUUGUGGGUCCUUGGUUCCGUAACCUGUUCCGAUUCGUCGUGCUGUUCUCCUACAUCAUCCCCAUCAGUUUACGUGUGAACCUGGACAUGGGGAAGUCGGCUUAUGGUUGGAUGAUCAUGAAGGAUGAAAACAUCCCCGGAACCGUCGUCAGAACCAGCACCAUCCCUGAAGAACUGGGCCGGCUGGUGUAUCUGCUGACCGACAAGACAGGAACUCUGACGCAAAACGAGAUGAUCUUCAAGCGGCUGCACCUGGGGACGGUUUCUUACGGGACGGACACCAUGGACGAGAUCCAGAGCCACAUAAUCCAGUCGUACGCCCAGGUGACGUCCCAGCCGUCUGCCGGCAGCACCAGCGGCGCCACGCCAUCACGGAAAACCCAGACUUCAGCCCCGAAGGUCCGUAAGAGCGUCAGCAGCCGCAUCCACGAGGCGGUGAAGGCCAUCGCCUUGUGCCACAACGUCACGCCGGUCUACGAGUCCCACGGCGGCGUCAACGGAGAGACGGAGUCUGCAGAGGCCGACCAGGACUUCAGCGACGAUAACCGAACGUACCAGGCCUCCAGCCCAGACGAGGUGGCGCUGGUUCGGUGGACGGAGAGCGUCGGUUUGACCCUGGUCAACAGAGACCUGACCUCCCUGCAGCUGAAGACUCCUUCUGGACAGAUUCUCUCCUUCUACAUCCUGCAGAUCUUCCCCUUCACCUCCGAGAGCAAAAGGAUGGGCAUCAUUGUGCGGGAGGAGUCAACGGGAGACAUCACGUUCUACAUGAAGGGUGCAGACGUUGCCAUGGCGAGCAUCGUCCAGUACAAUGACUGGCUGGAAGAAGAGUGCGGGAACAUGGCCAGAGAAGGUCUGAGGACUCUGGUUGUCGCCAAGAAGUCUUUAUCAGAGGAGCAGUAUCAGGACUUUGAGAAUCGCUACAACCAGGCCAAGCUGAGCAUCCACGACCGAGGGCUGAAGGUUGCGGCGGUGGUGGAGAGUCUUGAGAGGGAGAUGGAGCUUCUGUGUCUGACCGGCGUAGAAGAUCAGCUGCAGGCGGACGUCCGGCCGACGCUGGAGCUGCUCAGAAACGCCGGCAUUAAGAUCUGGAUGCUGACUGGUGAUAAGCUUGAGACGGCUACGUGCAUCGCUAAAAGCUCCCAUUUGGUUUCCAGAAACCAACACAUCCAUGUCUUUAAACCGGUCUCAAACAGAGGAGAGGCCCAUCUGGAGCUCAACGCCUUCAGAAGGAAACACGACUGCGCUCUGGUCAUCUCCGGGGACUCCUUGGAGGUGUGUUUGCGGUAUUACGAGCAUGAGUUUGUGGAGCUGGCGUGCCAGUGUCCGGCGGUGGUUUGCUGCCGCUGCUCACCGACUCAGAAGGCCCAGAUAGUCCGACUCCUCCAGCAGCACACGGCCAACAGAACCUGUGCCAUAGGUGAUGGAGGAAAUGAUGUCAGCAUGAUCCAGGCUGCAGACUGUGGUAUCGGGAUUGAAGGAAAGGAAGGGAAGCAGGCGUCUCUGGCUGCAGACUUUUCCAUCACUCAGUUUAAACACAUCGGCCGGCUGCUGAUGGUUCACGGCAGAAACAGCUACAAACGCUCGGCAGCGCUCGGACAGUUUGUGAUGCACAGAGGAAUGAUCAUCUCCACCAUGCAGGCCGUCUUCUCCUCUAUAUUCUACUUUGCCUCGGUGCCCUUGUACCAGGGUUUCCUCAUGGUUGGGUAUGCCACAAUCUACACCAUGUUCCCAGUAUUCUCUUUGGUUCUGGACCAAGAUGUGAAGCCUGAGAUGGCUCUGCUCUACCCAGAGCUUUACAAAGACCUCACCAAGGGGCGUUCGUUAUCCUUCAAGACUUUCCUUAUUUGGGUUUUGAUCAGCGUCUACCAAGGUGGUAUCCUGAUGUACGGCGCUCUGGUGCUGUUUGAGUCGGAGUUCGUGCACGUGGUCGCCAUCUCGUUCACGGCGCUCAUCCUGACCGAGCUGCUGAUGGUGGCGCUGACCAUCCGGACCUGGCACUGGCUCAUGGUGGUGGCCGAGUUCUUCAGCCUGGGCUGCUACCUCGCCUCGCUCGCCUUCCUCAACGAAUACUUUGGCAUAGGCAGGGUGUCGUUUGGAGCUUUCCUUGAUUUGUCUUUCAUCACAACUUGGCCUUUCCUGUGGAAGGUUUCCGCCAUCACGCUGGUCAGCUGUCUUCCUCUCUACAUAAUCAAAUACCUGAAGCGCAAGUUUUCCCCGCCGAGCUACUCCAAACUGUCCUCGUGAGCCAAACCGGGAUCACUUCAGUUUGUUUAGCAGCUCAGCGCUUCUCUGACGUUUCUAUUUGCAGCACUUUUUCUACUCACUGACGCUCAGUGUUGAACAGGUCGAUGGAACCACUGGAACAAUCAAAAACACGGGUUUUUGUCACUAAGAUUACUUGAAAAUACGGAGCACAUAAUAAAAACAAACUGCACAUGCAUGGAUUUAUUGAAAACGGCCGACGUGGCUGCAGUUGGAAGGCCUGAACACUCGACCCCGUUUUGUGGAAGAGGGUCGAUCUGCCUUCUUUUGUUUUAAAGCAUUUAAACGGCUUCAAGCGUCAUUUUAUACCGGUUGGAUGCAUUUCUGUGGAUGUUUUUCUAAGUGGUGUUUGGACUUUUUUUUUUAUUUUUUUCUUACAGGUAUUGAACAGUGUUGACUUGCUGUAAGGGAUUUAAAACAAAAAAGAUUUUUCCCUGCGUUACUGUAAAUAAAAGCCUUUACAUGCAGCUUUGAUCGCUCUGGCUGUCCACGUGAACCUCACUGUGUACAAACGUGCAUUAACCAAAAAAACACGACUUUCAAACUGCUGGCUUCACAGUCAGUCUCUGCUGUUGUACAUCCUCUGCAUUUCCAAUCAGUCCAGCGUCUGUCUGGUGUGAAAACCAGAACUUCAUAGCGGCGUUAAAUGUUUGCGUAUUUGGCCUUGACUAUCCUGCAUAGUUCUACCUUCAUGAUGUCUGUCGGUGACCGUCGCUCCUCGUUUCAGGACGCGGCCGCUUCGCUUUGUGCCUCAUUACGAUGUGUGUUAAUGCGUGAAAGCAUCUGAUGUCAAACAAUCACAGGUUUUGGUUGGCGUUUAGUUUUUUGAACAUGAAACCUGCUACUUUGUCUUGAAAAACUUGGCUGGAAAAGUCCAAACGAGGAUCCAGAAACACUGACGACUGAGUAUUUUUAGGCCUUUGUUGACAAUAUGACUUCUUUGUUCCUCUUUUUGACAUUUUUAAGGAGGAAUGAGUUUUAUCAUUCACUCUGUCUUGGUGUUUAGUGUGUUUGAAGAAAAGAGAAGGAAUAAAACUGAUCUUUGUAGAUGUACAGAUGAGAGACCAGAGCGUAGUUUAGCUAUGUUUACUAGUCAGGUUGUCUGUUUUUUCCAAAUCAUAGUUGAGUUAAACUCAGGCCGAUCAUUCCUAAACAUUUCUUCUGUUGUAUUAUUUAAAUUGUGGCAACCGAACUGAAAAAUGUAGCUACACUAAGAGAAGAAAAACCAGUGGAUAUCGGUGUCUGGGGGAGAAUUUGAAUGUGGUGAUUGCUCUGUUUUCUGUCUAAGUCUGUGUUGUCGUGUUAACUUUUCUGUUUCCUGUGAACUUUGCUUUCCAUGUCGUACACUGUGAUUUCUAACAGUCUGUCUGUUAUUUAUAAAAAAUGUUAUUGAUUAAUGAGUAAUAAAAGAGAAGAUUGAUGCCAGAAA